UUUAGAGCGUGUUUUCGCAUUCCCUUUCUCCAUUUCACAGCCCACCUGAGGAUGGCGGAGGCUCUGGAGCGCUGGCUCUGGGAGGAGAUGAAGGCUCUGCUCUGGCCCCACAGCCCCAUUUUGGGAUUAUGUCACCCGCCACGUCCGGAGCCGCCGGAACGUGAAGAAAAUUCGGGAUAAUCUACGCUUGUAUGGACACCCGCAAGAGCCAGAGGCCGCGGCUGGUCCUCCAGGCUGCGAGGAGGAGCUGUGUGCGGCGGUGGCACAGCUCUAGAAGCUGCAGCAGGACCUGCGAGACGCCACUGAAGACGCAGAGAAAGAGGUGCGGCACCUUGAGGUCUCGCUGGAGGCAGGGCACAGCCAGAGGUCGGCGGCGCGUCAGCAGGCGGCAGCGUUUCAGCCGCUGGCAGCAGAGCCAAGCCCUGAUUGGCUGCGGGAGGAGGCGCUCAAGGGCCCACAACAAAACUGUCAAUCAAGGCCCUGUGCAAAACCAGGGAGGCGGAGCUGCGGAGACUGCACCUGCCCAGCUGGCCCAGCUGAGGCAGAAGCUGGAGCUGCUGCAGCCACACCUGGGCAGGGAUGAGAGCAUCAGGACAGCAGCCAGGCUGUGUAUGGCCCAGGUGGGGCUGAGCGCAUAUUUGGAGUCCCUGAACUGGGGGCUUCAGGAGCUUGAGGGGGAAUCCCCAGAAACCUCAAAAUCUACCCCAAAAUCAGAACCGAAAUUGGAACAGAAAUCAGCCCCGAGAUGGGAACAGAGAUCGGCCCUGAGAUCAGAACAGAGAUGGGCCCCAAAAAAGGAAUCGAAAUCAGAAUCAGAAUCAGCCCCAAAAUCAGACCUGAAAUUGGAACCAAAAUCUGACCUGGAGCAGCUCAGGCAGCAGAUCCAGAAGGGGAGGCGCCGAGUGCUCCAGCAGUGCCUGCGAUUCCUCAUUGCCACCAGCAGGGAGUGCUGUGUGCAACUGCACAGUGCCCAGGAGGAGGGGGCGCUGCUGUCCCGGGUGGCCGGCUUGAAGCAGGAGCUCCACCAGGGGAUGCUGUGCGUGCACCGGAGGGCGGGGCUUGGGCUGGGGGAAGGGCCUGAGCCUGAGCAGCUGCCCCUCCCCCAUCCCGAGGGCAUGACCGAGCUCGUCCCCCAGCUGCAAUUGGUCAGAGACUGCAGCCAGCAGCAAAUCAUGGCCUGGCCCCAGCUGGAGCAACGCGUCAGCCAAUGGUGGACCCAGCCGGCUCAGUGGACCCUGGCCACGCCCCCUUCUCCCAUUGGAUGCAGCGCUAGAGAGGUGCUGCCCAUGCUCUGGAGGCCAUGCCCACUUCUGCGCAGGCCCUGUCAGUCCUUCAGCAGGACGCACCUACUUCUCUAGAGGACACGCCCACUUCUCCGUAGGCCAUGCCUGUAUGUCUGCACGCCACACCCACGUUUUUGCGUGCCAUAUGCACUCUCUGGAAGCCACACUUGCCCUGCUGCAUGCCCCACACACUUCUCUGCACCGAGGAAGGGGGGGAGGAGCCAGGUGAGGAGGCCCUUCUCCCCUGACGGGCUCAGGAGGCUGUGGCUGGUCAGGAAUAAAGAAGCAGUGUAGGGCGUGUGGCCUCAGCCUGUGCUCAAUGGGGGAUCCAAAGUGGACCCCCCAGUCGGUACCACAGGAAACCAUCUCAGUCCCCCCAGUACCAAAGCCCCUCUGUCCUGGUCUCCCCAGUACCAAAGCCCCUCUGUCCCAGUCUGCUCCAGGGCUGUCUCUCAACAAGCCUUCCCUCUGGGAGGGGGCGUGCCCUCCUCCAUCUAUGGCCACAACAUCCAUAUGUGGACACGGACUGCCCUGUGGGCAGGGCCUCCUUAAGCCACAGCCGGAACCGUGCGCACAGGUGCCUAAC